CCCGCCGGAAGUGCCGGGCGGUGCGUGGCGGUCGCCGUCCGGGCGGCUCGCGCGCCCCCGGAGGCCCGCAGUUCCCCCUCCCGGCCCGGCCCGGCCCGGCCAGUCCGCCGCCGCCUUUGUUCUCUCCGCGCCUCUUGCCGCCUCCUCUGCGCUCGCCCGCCGGCCGCACCGUGCCUUCCCGCCGCAGGGAGCCGCCCUAGCCUGGCCGCCCCGCGGGCACCCGGCCUCCGCGGGGGCGGCGGACGGAUAAGUAAAACCAGGCCCCGGCAGGGACGCGGGGCUGGAGCCGGAGCUGCCGCCGCCAGGGGAAGGAGAUGAUAGGUGAAAAUGAAUCCUGUGUUGCUGGACCAAUACCUGUGUCCUACUUAAGCUGCCUGACUUACAUUCUGAGAGAAUGGACUGGUGUGGAGCACAUUGAAGAUUAUCUGAGUUACACAGUCUACCUUUCGUGGGUGCUUUUUCCACUCGCAGUAGUUUUUCUACUUCCAGGAGUUAUUGUAAUCCUCUUCUACACUUCCAUUCUCCUUCUUCAUAUUUAUAAAAGGAAGAAUGAACUAAGGGAAGCUUAUUCCAGUGAUUUUUGGGCUGGUGCACGGCAAAUGGUGGCUACCCUAUGGGAUGGGCAUGGAAGAAUAUGGCAUGGUUAUGAGCUUCAUGGUACUGGAAACAUUCCUGAAGGACCAGGGCUUAUUGUGUUUUAUCAUGGAGCUACUCCUGCUGACUAUCUCUAUUUCAUGGCUAGACUGCUUAUACAAAAGAAGAGAUACUGCCACGUAGUAGCUGAUCAUUUCGUCUUUGGAGUACCAGGUUUUAAAAUAUUACUUGAUGCACAUGGAGUUAUGCAUGGACCAAAAGAAGAAUGUGUCAGUGCUCUGAAGAAGGGCUGUCUGUUAGCCAUUGCCCCAGGUGGAGUUCGGGAAGCACUCUUUAGUGAUGAAACGUAUAAUAUUAUCUGGGGUAAUCGAAAGGGCUUUGCUCAGGUGGCCAUUGAUGCAAAAGUGCCCAUCAUUCCUAUGUUUACACAAAAUGUUCGAGAAGGCAUUAGGACAUUAGGAGGAAUAAAAAUAUUUAGGUCACUAUAUGAAUAUACGAGAUUGCCAAUAGUUCCUUUCUACGGUGGGUUUCCAGUCAAGCUUCGUACAUUUAUCGGAGAACCCAUUCCAUAUGAACCAAAUAUAACUGCUGAGGAACUAACUGCGAAGACAAAAGCAGCACUCCAAGCUCUAAUAGAAAAACAUCAGAAAAUACCAGGAAAUAUAUUUAGAGCUUUAAUGGAACGAUUUCAGAAACAAAAGAAAGAAGAUUAAGGUCUUCUGAAGAAACUACUGUUUAGUUACAAUUUUCUUAAAGUCAUAUUUGUGACUUGUCCAUUCUUCUAAUAAUAGGUUUUGAAUAUUGUCCUAAUGAUAUUACUGUACAACUUAAAAUAUAUGACACUUUCCCUCACCCUUCCCCCUGUCCAGUAUCAAGCUCAGGAACCCAAACUUAAAUCAUUUAUAAUGGUACAAAGCUUAGUUUUUGAUAAAUGCAUUCCUACCUUGAAAGUGGUUUUUGAGGUUUAUUUUUUUUGUUUCUUUUUGGGUUUUUUAAAGUGACACUACAAGUCUUGAUGUACAUGAUCUCUGGUGGUUUUGGUUUUUUUUUGUUCCCCCACCCCAUGGUUGCUUUAAUAUGAAUGUCAGACCUGCUGUAGAGCAGAAAGACCUGCUGUCUUUCUGCCUUGAUCGUCAUCACUGGAACUAGUUUUGCAGGCCAGAUUCCAUAUUAACGUCAUACAGGAUUUAUGAAAACUUUCUUUAGAUUGUUACUCUCGUGCUGCUGGAAAACAGUCAGCCUUCUGGGACCUGCAGAACCUGUAGCUAUGCCUGCAAAACCUGCGGUGGAAAGUGUUUAGUUUUACUGGGUGAGCUCAGAAAGAGGUUGAAGGAGCGAAAAUUGAUUAGAGAACUGCAGUGAACCAAGGAAAUUUGUUAUGGAAACCACUCUGAUGCAGUGGGUGCGAACUCUACAGCACAGCUGCUGUUCCAAGCUGAGCCAUUUUGGAUAUCUGCCCUUGAGCAGAGUCUUGUCCCAUAUACUUCUCAGUGAAUCUGCAAAUUCUCCUUUGACAGAAUGAGCCAAGCAUUUACAUUUUAAGAAGUGGAAAUGAGAGUACUGUUUGGUAACAUGAGUUCAUAAAGCUUUAUUUUGAAGGGGAGGAAAAAAUGAGUACAACGCUCCUUUAAAAAAUUGUAGCUCCUUUGAAAAACAGGGUAGACAUUCCCACGUACCUUUUAAAUCUACUAUGUAUGUAAACUGUUAAACGUCCAUAUUCUUCAAACUUAGUUAUUUAUGUAACUUAUUAAAUUGGGGUUGAGACAGAAAUCCCAUAUACUUUCCUAAAGUGAAAACAAUUGAAUGAACAGGAAGGAGUUGCAGGAUUGGGCUUUUGUGCAAUUACAGUAAAUUAUAGUAUUAUAUUUUUUCUGAAGUAAAGCCUAUGCUUUUAUUGUCCAAAUAGGAAAUAUCUUAAAUAUUUCUUCUGAUUGUCAGCAAGUUUAAUCGACAGUUCUUAAGCUAACAUCUGGGAGCUCUUUAGUUUUGGGAUGAGAACAGAUUCCUUAAGGAAAGGCGAAAAGAGGUUUUUGCUGUGUUACAUGCUCUACUUUCACUGUUGUUGGGAUUUGGCCUUUUCUUAAAAACAAACAAAUAAACAACCCACAACAAUGAAAAAUCCCCAACUUUUGAAAGAGCAGCUAUAUUCACUUUAACUUUCAUUCCUUCCGCCAUUUAAGCACAUGCUUUGUUUUAUGCCCUUUUAAGUGUAAAUUAGUGUAAUAACAGAAGUGCAUGUGGGUGACACCCUGUGUUAGAAAAUUAUCACUUUAUGGGAAAGAGUCUAUAAAUUAUGGUUUACAAAAAGCAAAAAGUUUACUUAUUUUAUGGUGUUAUAUCAAAAGCAUUUUAUGUGGUGUUGAAUUAUAUUUUUUAAAGUUGGGAAAGAACCAUGUUACAUAAAAGCAAAUGCUUAUUCUGAAGUUUUUUAAAUGACUUGGAUUUUAUUUGAAGGCAAGAUUGGCUUCUUUUUAAUUUAUUGGGAUGUUUUUGAAAAAUAUUAUGUUAACACAGUAUGUCAUUAAAAGUGAUAAUGCCAAAUUCCUACAGCAGAUUAUAACUUAAGUAUGACUUUGUUUUUACUGUCCAUCUUGAGGAUGAUGUAUGUCAGUCUAUAUUGUGAAAUUCUCAAAGGCAGCUCAACAUAUUUUGUGUUGAGGUUGCAUAUAUGUAAAAGAAAACUCAGUCUAAAAGGUUCUAUUAUACAUGAAGAGACCUUUGUGAUCUGAGAUAUUGUAAAAUUAUUUUACUAAGUGUGUGGGCUGUUUGAUGCAGUUUUGUCCCUUUAAGUAUUCAAAGAUUAGUAUAAAAAAUGAAGGGCAGUAUUGGUACUCUUUAAAUCUUCAUUUUUGUAUAGACCUUUCAUAUUUAUUUCUAUAUAUAAACUAAUGUAUAGAAGACACCUUUCAAAUAAAAUUGACAAGUGGAACAGG